AUGGCCGGUCCGCGGUGUCAGGGCAUUGCGUCUCCGGGCGAUACGGCUGUUGAGCGAAACGGCGGAAUGUCACGGGACCGACGAAAACCCAACGCACUCGACGUCGGCCGGGCCGGCGCGUCGCGACGCGAAACUCAAAAGCCCCGGGCUGAUACUGUCGGGGGCGCAGCUGCGUCCGGCAGCAUCGCGUACGCGUGUUAUACGAACCGAUCGGCCGAUGGGACGAUCACGACGCGACCGGGUUCCCGUUACAAUAUUGAUAUUCUUAUCAGGUUCGCUCGGCGAAAUCGAUUACCGGCGGCGGCGGCGGCAGCUGCCGCUGCUGCUGCUGUUGACUACGACAACAACACACGAGAACCGCAUCGUCGUCGGCUGCUCACUUUCCCCGUCCGCGGUCGUCGUCGUAAACCAUAUUGUCUGA